UCUUAUCAUUCUCAUCUCGCUGUCGUUUAUCACCACACUUUCUCUCUCUUAUCCCAAAUCACCACUCUCUCUCUCUCUAAAAAUCCCCAAAAUGCCUCCCAAAGGAGAGAAGAAACCCGCCGAGAAAAAGCCCGCAGAGGAGAAGAAAGCCGCCGCCGCCGAGAAAGCUCCGGCGGAGAAGAAGCCAAAAGCCGGCAAAAAGCUUCCCAAAGAAGCCGGCGCCGCCGCCGGAGACAAGAAGAAGAAGCGUCACAAGAAGAACGUCGAAACCUACAAGAUCUACAUCUUCAAGGUUCUCAAGCAGGUUCACCCUGACAUCGGAAUCUCCAGCAAGGCGAUGAGCAUCAUGAACAGUUUCAUCAAUGAUAUCUUCGAGAAGCUUGCGCAGGAAUCUGCGAAGCUCGCUCGUUACAACAAGAAGCCGACGAUUACUUCUCGGGAGAUCCAGACUGCUGUGAGGCUUGUUCUUCCUGGAGAACUCGCUAAGCAUGCCGUUUCUGAGGGGACUAAGGCUGUUACUAAGUUUACUAGAGAGAAGAAGCCCGCCGAGAAGAAGCCAGCAGAGGAGAAGAAGGCCGCCGCCGCUGAGAAGGCUCCGGCAGAGAAGAAGCCAAAAGCCGGCAAGAAGCUUCCAAAGGAGGCCGGAGCAGCCGCCGGAGACAAGAAGAAGAAGCGUCACAAGAAGAGCGUCGAAACCUACAAGAUCUACAUUUUCAAGGUUCUCAAGCAGGUUCACCCUGAUAUCGGAAUUUCCAGUAAGGCGAUGAGCAUCAUGAACAGCUUCAUCAACGAUAUCUUCGAGAAGCUUGCUCAGGAAUCUGCUAGACUCGCUCGUUACAACAAGAAGCCGACGAUUACUUCUCGGGAGAUUCAGACUGCUGUGAGACUUGUUCUUCCUGGUGAAUUGGCUAAGCAUGCUGUUUCUGAGGGUACUAAGGCUGUUACCAAGUUUACCAGCUCUUAAAUUAGGGUUUGAGGUUGGAUUUGUGGAGUUUGUGGUGGUUAUGGUUGUAUUUAUCGGUUUGGUGGUUAUGAAAUUAGGGUUAGGGUUAGGGUUUUAGAUUAAGUUUUUAUGAUUAUGUCUAUUAUUAUUAGGUCUUUAGAUUUUAUCAUUAUGUUUCUGUUUAUGUAUUAGCUUGAUGCAGUUAUGAUAUAUUAAAUGACUAUUAUAAUUAUAUGGUACUUAAUUUUUAUC